GUUUUUUUCUCCUUAGCGAGGACGACGUUUUCCAUCCAGACCAGAGGGGGAAAAAACAGCAAUAAGAGGACAACCAUCAGACCGUGGUUGGUCUGGGGGAAAAAACGGAACCUUUAGCUGCUUUACCGGGGUAAAACACAUAUCGCAGGCGGAGAUAACUGCAUUCUUCACCGGGGCUCAAUUUACGAACACAACGAUUUCAGACAGAGUGUUGGCAGCUUCUACGAAGGUCAGACUUUACCAGACUUUACUGGUACCACCAGGCUGAUCACUGACUAGAAGAGGAUGAUGCUCUCCUGAAUCCCACCCCCAAACUACCCCCCCACCCCUACCCCCACCCCUCUUCAUCCACCAUACCACCACCUCCAUCAUGAACCACACCCCCAGCCCCCACCUGUCGGACGGCGGUAAGUCGGCCGGAGGCGGCCUGCUGUGCAGCCUGGGCCUGGGAUCCGACAGGGGGAUCCGCUCCCCGGACAGCUUCACCCACACCCCCAGCCCCACCGGAGAAACGCCCAGCUCCAGCCCCCCGCUGCUGCUGUCCCCCGGGCUGGGAGGCUUUGGCCUGGGGUCUCUGGGGGCCAUGGGCGAGGGAGCCGGGGCCGACUGGGAGAGUAGGGAGGAGCUGAGGCUCCGGGAACUGGAGGAGGCUCGGGCCAGAGCCGCCCAGAUGGAAAAGACGAUGAGGUGGUGGUCAGACUGCACCGCCAACUGGAGAGAGAAGUGGAGCAAGGUCCGCGCCGAGCGUAACCGUGCACGUGACGAGGUCCGACAGCUGAGGCAGCGGUUGGACACCCUCACCAAGGAGCUGACCAGUGUUCGGCGCGAGCGGCAGGAACUGGCCUCCGAGAACGAGGCGCUACGCCUGGAGACACUGCGUCUCCACGGCGACCCUACCGCCGACGCUCCUCCUCCGUCUACCACUUCUCCGUCCUCGUCCGUGGCACACAGCGGUGCUUCCUUCUCCUCCUCUCCAUCCAUGCCUCCCUCCUCCCCCGCCUCCUCCUCUCAGGUCCACGCUGACGGGAAGCUGGACGGGGUGGACCGGGUGGGGGAGGGACCCCCAGGGUCUCCAGAGCCAGAGCCCGUGAGGGACGUGGACUUGGACAGAAAAAAAAUGGGUCAACAAAAGGACCUGGAGGGUCUGGAUUCGGUCCUGCGUUCCCGGGCCCCAGACGGCGACACUCAGGAGGCCUGGGCAAUCACCUCGCGCUCCUCCUCCGGUCCAAGCCGGCAGGAACGCAGCAGGCAGCUGUGGGAGGACAUUAGCACGGUGGAGGAGGACUCCAGCAGACUCAACGCCCUGCAGCUUCGCCUGGAUGAGUCCCAGAAAGUCCUGCUGAAAGAGAGAGAAGACAAACUUGCACUGAGUAAGAGCAUCGAGAGGCUGGAGGCUGAACUCACUCAGUGGAAAUGUAAAUAUGAAGAGCUCAGCAAGACCAAACAAGAGGCCCUCAAACAGCUAAACCUGCUAAAGGAAAUGCACCAAGAUGAACUCGGACGCAUAUCUGAAGACUUGGAAGACGAACUGGGAGCCCGAACCAGUAUGGACAAGAAACUAGCUGAUCUACGUUCUGAGAUGGAGCGGCUGCAGGUGGAGAACGCUGCGGAGUGGGGACGUGGGGAGCGCUUGGAGACGGAGAAACUUGCCCUGGAGAGGGACAACAAGAAGCUGAGAGCUCAGGUGGAAGACCUGGAGGAGCAACUGGCCAAGAAGCGCCGGCAGGCUGCCUCGGCACUCGACAUCGACCUCAAGGCCAUCCAGAGCGAGCUGUUUGAGAGAAACAAGGAGCUGGCUGACCUCCGCCAUGUCCACACUAAGUUGAAGAAGCAGUACCAAGAGAAGACGGCUGAACUGGUCCACGCUAACCGGAGGGUGGAAAGCCACGAGGCCGAAGUCAAAAAGCUUCGACUGAGGGUGGAGGAGCUGAAGAAAGAUUUAGGCCAGGCAGAGGAUGAGGUAGGAACGUGGCUGUGCAUGGAUUUGUGUAUGUGUCGUUCAAAAGACACCAUCGUUGCUUUUGCUUCGGACUAUUCCACCAAUCCCAAACUCUGACACUCAUUCAUGCAG